AUGCUUGCGUUUGCUCUCCUGGCUGGGGUUGUAUCAGCCCGAGUCUUGAACCUUCCCGGUAUUCCAAAGGGAUGGGAGCAUGUCGGGCCAGCCUCACCGGACGAGCCGAUCCAGCUCCGGCUUUCUCUGAGGCAGCAAGGGUCGCCAGCACUGGAGGCGGCCGUCUUGGACCGGUCCACCCCAGGGACGGCCAACUACGGCAUACAUUUAAGCCGUGGAGAGUUGCAAUUUUACACGGCUCCGUCCGAGUGCACAGAGACGAGCGUGAUGCAGUGGCUCCGGGAAAAGAACGUCCCCCACUCUAUCGAAGCAGACUGGGCCACGAUCAGGACAACCGUCGACGUGGCCAACGACGUGUUCAACGCGUCUUUUGGCUGGUUCCGGCGCGAGGGAGGAGGAGCAGGGGAUGUCGGCGGGGAGCGCGAGCUCAGGCUGCGCAGUCUCUCCUUCGAGUCCGAGACAGCUUACGGCAGGAUCGGGUUCGCGUCGUUCAUGGGCCAGUCUGCUCGGUAUGGGGACCUCGCAGAGUUCAUCAGCGAGCUGGCGCCGCACUCUGGUGGCCUGAAAUUCUCCUUCACGGAGAUCAACGGCGGCGUGCACCUCGAGGAUCAUCCUUUCGUCCCCUUCGUCCACGAAGUGUCCCAUAUGCCAUAUGUACCGCUGGACCAGCAAGCCACGGCAGACAGCCCCUCCACCACCGGAAGCAACGAGCCCUACCUCGAGCUGCCCGAGUACCUGCUGGCCCUCAACGACACCGACCUGCCCACCGUGCUGUCCGUCCCGGACGGCGAGGAGGAGCAGUCCGUCCCCGAGGACUACGCGCACAAGGUGUGUAACCUCUUCAUGCAGCUCGGCGCCCGCGGCGUGAGCGUCAUCUUCGCCUCGGGUGACUACGGGCCAGGCGACUCGUGCACUAGCAACGACAGCUCGACCUACUUCCAGCCCGUAGUCCCGGCGACAUGCCCGUGGAUCACCGCAGUCGGCGCCACGGCCAACCGCGAUGACAUGCUACCAGGACGCCUCCGUCCGGGCAUACGUGGAGGGUCUCGGGGGCGCGUACGCGGCCUACUUCACGGUUCUGAGCGGGCAUUCCCCGACGCCGCGACCAUUGGCGUCAACUAUGCCGCCGUCGACCAGGGGGCCCACUACCUCGUCAAUGGCACCAGCGCCAGCGCGGCCACGUUCGCGGGCCAGGUGGCGCUGCUCAACGCGGCGCGGCUCAGCUCGAACCUGACGGCGCUGGGGUUCCUCAACCCGCUGCUGUACGAGUACGGCGCGAGCAUCUUCAGCGACGUGACGAGGGGCUCCUCGGUGGGCUGCGUGGGGAACGGUGUCUCUGGGGCGCAGGGCGCCAGCUGGCAUGCGACGGAGGGCUGGGACCCGGUCACGGGCUUGGGGGUGCUGAACUUCACCAGCUUUCAGGCCAUCGUAACCCCUGAUGCAGCGAGUGACGUCGGUUCUUACGGCCAUGUCGGCACGGGCGAGCUCUCCGUGGCCAAAGAGGUCGCCGAGGUGCAGAAGCUACUCAAGGCGUCCGGCCUGACGUACACGAUGCACUCGGCCGGCACGACGGUCGAGGGCAGCUGGGACGAGGUCAUGAGGGUCAUCGGCCAGGCUCACUCGGUCGUCCACCAGGUCGGGCCACAGCGGAUCCAGACCUCCAUGCGGGUCGGGACAAGGACGGAUAAGAAGCAGACUGCUGCUGACAAGGUCAAGCGGGUGGAGGAUUUGUUGGCCGAGAAGAAGUAG